AUGGCUGUGAAGAGGAGAGCAGAAAGAGAAAUUUCUGAGAGAGAGAAGGUAGUGAAGAAAAUGAGAGGAGAAGAGGAUGAUGAUCCAUUGGUGGAACUGAAGCUGUGUACCGAGAAUAUAAUAUUGGCCGGAAUAAUCAAGAAGAAAUUGACGAAUAGUGAUCUGGACCAUCUGAGUAGAGUGAUAUUGCCAGGGAAACAAGUGAGGAACUAUGUGCUGCCUUUCCUUUAUCCCGCGGAACUCGAUGAAGUGGAAAGGGGCAAUGGAAGAGGAGGACUGAUGGUGCGUGUGAAGGACUUGGACACGGAUACCAUCCAUUGGUUAAGUUUCAAGAAGUGGGAGAGCAGUGGGUCUUACAAGCUUGGGUUGAGUUGGAUUCAAGACUUCGUGAAGAGAAGAAACCUUCAUAAGGACGACGAGAUCGUUAUGUUCUGGGUCGACGACGAUUCCACCAGAAGGGGUUUCUUUUUCUCUGUUGUUAAGAGAUUUUACCCUCCACCUGAUCCUUCUCUUUGCGAAUUCGCACGUGAAUUCCUCAGUCUCAGCCCUCUUACGCCUGAUUAUAAUUCUGCAUGGAAGGAGAGGUGUUCAAGCAUUGAUGAUUACUUAGCUGUUAGAAAUUGA